AUGACCGACGACUACCCGUCCUUCGGCGACUCCUCCCUCCUCGGCGCCAACGCCUACUACCCGUUCGGCCCGGGGAGGGGCUGGAGCGCAGCCAUUCCAACGGCUGGAGAACGCGCGCCGGCCUGGGGGACUCCGCUUGCGAUCCCGCUCCAGCCAGAGGCCGCGUGA